CUCAAAUCCUACUACCUUUCUCAACCAAUACAUAAAAAGAUCACAUUGAUCAUACUUUCAAUUCUCUCAACCACAACCAUUUCCUUGAUGCUAAUUUACCACAAAAAAUUAUUCAAUGAUCUAAUCGAACUCUCAGAUUUCCUAGAAUCCUAUGACCAUACUUCCUUAAUCAUCUGGUUCGCCAUGUUCUUUGUCUCUUUCCCUCCAAUGAUCGGCUACACUGCUCUAUCUACUCUCACUGGCAUUCUAUUUGGUUUAAAUGGCUGGUUUCUAAUUGCCUCCUCCUCAGUACUAGGCUCAACCGUAGCUUUCAUCAUAUACAAAUUCUGCUUCAAAAACUACUCACUCUAUCUAUCUCAAAAAAACGUCCUAUUCAACGCCUUAUCUCAGGUCUUUCUUGAAGAAAAGAGAAAAAUCCUCCUACUAGCUCUAAUCAAAAUAUCUCCCUUUCCUUAUUCCCUACUAAAUGGUGCUUUGGCCUCAAUUCAAAACAUCACUGUUCUACAAUUCUUCCUAGCUUCGGCCAUCACAACCCCAAAGCUAGUCUUCCAUCUAUUCAUAGGCUUGAAAUUGAAAAACAUUGGCUCAGAUGAAGACAAUUCUUCCAAAUUUUUAGAUCUACUAGCUAUAAUCAUAGCCAUAUCCUCCUUCUCUUUAUUAAUCUCAAUCGUUUACACUAAAACUAAAAAAAAAUUACUACUAAUCAACAGCAACAAC